ACAGAAGAAGGCAAGAUCCCAAGAAAACACAGCGAAGCAGCCGAAAUUAAUCAAGAACACUGCACUCUCUCAAGCUCGCACUCGUGCUUUGUCCGCUUGUAUGCUCUCUCUUUUCUCGCGUUUUCUCAGCUGCCAAACGCAGUAUUUUAUCUCACACUGAAGAAGUAGAAGGAGCUGAAUCUGAUUUCUGAGCUAUGGUUGUAGCUGUGGUGGCAUUGAUUUUGGGUGUCUUAUUGGGAGGUUUUAUUUUGAUUCCUCGACACCUUAAAUCUGCUCAAAGACAAAAGGGGCACUCGACUACUAGUGAAAAGAAGGCAUCCAAAGUUUACAGUAAAGCCGAAGUAUCUCUGCAUAACAAGAGAACCAACUGUUGGAUCAUUAUCAAGGAAAAGGUGUAUGAUGUUACCUCAUAUGUAGAAGAACACCCUGGUGGUGAUGCCAUUCUAGCACAUGCUGGGGAUGAUUCAACUGAAGGAUUUUAUGGGCCACAACAUGCUACCAGGGUCUUUGACAUGAUUGAGGACUUCUACAUUGGAGAUCUAGAGCAGUAAUUUUUUUUACCCCAUUGGAUCGCAAAAUUGUCCAAACAAGUGUGUUGAGAGAAUAUUAUUCUUCUGUUGGCUUUCUGCCUUUCACCAAAAAUUUUUCCCGUAUCUUCCAUAUUUUUGGAAUCAUCUCUUCAUUAACUUUGUGAAACUAGUAGCCUCACCUCAUUCCGAACACAGAAUACAUUGCUAAUAUAAAUUAUUUGCAAGUUUUAA